AUGCUCAGAAAGCUGCACUCCAUCUUUAACUCGGGCCCGCAGAGGAAGGCGGGGGUGGCCACGGGUCCCGGCUGCGACCCGGCCAGCCCCACCGUGAGGCUGACCCGCAGCAGCUCCAUGUACGUGGUCGGGGACCACGGGGAGAAAUUCAGCGAGUCCUUGAAGACGUCCACAAGCACCAGCAGCAUGGACAGCAGCCUGUACUGCCUGCAGCAGGAGGGGGACCGGGCGUGGCUGCUGUCGCGCCCCCAGGACUGCCUGCAGUACUUGCAGGAGCUGCUGGCCUUGCGGAAGAAGUACCUCAGCAGCCUGCACGACCUCAAGCCCAGCCGCGCCCCCGGCCUCUCCCCCUCCUCCGCCGCCUCCGAGAGCGCGGAGAGGGGUCCCUGCCCGCCCACCUCCAAAGAAAGAAAGAAAGCAGCUGCAAAGAAGUACUCCCAGUUCAGCACCGAUGUGGCCGAGGCCAUGGCCUUCUUUGAUUCUAUCAUCGCUGAGCUGGAUACAGAGAAGCGGCCCCAGGCUGCUGAGGCAGAGCCCCUGAAUGAGGACGUGGACUUUGAUGUUGCCACCAGCUCCCGGGUGCACAGCCUGCACUCCAACUGGAUCCUGCGGGCGCCACGCCGGCACUCCGAGGACAUCGCCGCGCACGCUGUGCAUGCGACAGAUGGCCAGUUUCGAAGGACCACGGAGUGCAGGACCAUUGGCACUCAGAGGAGGCUUGAGAGGCACCCCAUUUACUUGCCCAAGGCUGUGGAAGGGGCAUUCAACACUUUGAAAUUUAAGCCCAAAGCCUGCAAAAAAGACCUGGGGAGCCCCCGACAGAUCCUCUACAACAUCUCAGGAGAAGACAUGGAAUGGGAUAUGGAACUCUUCGCGCCGGAGCCCUUGGAGUCUCUGGGGAAGGACUACCAUGAGAUGGAGAACCCCAAAGGGCAGUGGCUGCUUCGAGAGAAACUCUGGGAGCGAACAGUGCCCUGA